AUGCCUUAUCCUAUUGCACAUUUUGUGAAUUGUGACCGGUUUUCUAUGGGACAUCGAAGUUUUCUUGCAGCUAUUACCGCAGGUGAUGAGCCCCAGUCCUUUAAGGAAGCUAUGAAAGAUCCGGGUUGGAGAGAAGCAAUGCAAAAAGAGAUACCAGCAUUAAAGGAUAACGGCACUAGAUGUUGGUUAGCUAAGUUGUCGUCUGCUUUAAAGAAAUAUGGGUUUCGACGACAAUCGUACUCCGAUUACUCAUUAUUCAGUCUUCACACCAGUAACACUCAAAUCAAUGUCUUGGUGUAUGUAAAUGACUUGAUCAUUUCUGGUAAUAAUUCCGCUGCUCUUAUCAUCACUGUUAAAAAGUAUCUCAGUGAGUAUUUUCAUAUAAAAGAUCUUGGGGUCUUAAAAUAUUUUCUUGGUAUUGACGUUACUCGUAAUGAAGAGGGUAUCUUUCUUUGCCGAAGAAAAUACACUCUUGAUAUUAUUUCCGAGACAAGUUUACUUGGAGGGAAACCAACAAUUUUUCCUAUGGAGCAACAUCAUCAGCUUGCUUGGUCUACUCGUCCUUUUCUCACAAAUGUAGAGAAAUACAAGCAUUUGUUUGGUCAUCUUAUAUACUUGUCUUUCACUCGCCCUGACCUUGCUUAUUCGGUGCAUAUCUUAUAUCAAUUUUUACAUGAGCCUCGGUGUGAUCAUUGGGAAGCAGGUUUGCGGGUUGUACGUUAUGUGAAAGGAUGUCCAGGGCAAGGCAUCCUUCUUCAUGCUAAUUGUGACUUGACUUUGUCGGGAUGGUGUGAUUCGGAUUGGGCCAGUUGUUUGCUUAUUCGUCGUGCUCUUUCUGAUUGGUUGGUGUUUUUUAGGGCAUUCUCCAAUUUCUUAGAAGACUAA